ACAUCCGGCCUCUUUCGGGCUUCGCAGGGCACCAGCAUGGCGGAUACCGGUGUGGUGGAGACGCUUCUGCGGCGGAUUGAGAAGGUGGACGACGGCGUCGACAGCCUGGAGGUGGCGAACAGCCUCGGGUUGGACCACCAGGUCAUCGUCGGAGCCGUGAAGAGUCUGCAGGCUCUCGGAGACUUGAUCUCAGCCGAGCUGCGCUCCUCUAAGCACUGGGAGCUGACGGAUGAGGGCAGAGAGAUAGCCGAGCAGGGCAGCCAUGAAGCCCGGGUCUUCAGCUCCAUCCCGCUGGAGGGUCUGGCACAGAGUGACCUCAUGAAACUGUCCUUCGGGAAGAUCGGCUUCAGCAAGGCCAUGUCCAACAAGUGGAUCAGAUUGGACAAAGCAUACGAGGGCGGCCCGAGGAUAUUCAGGACUGUGGAGAGCAUAGAGGACCAGGUCAGAGAGAAGCUGCUGCUGGUGCAGAAAGGAAACACCUCUGAGCUGGAGGAGAAAGAGAAGAAUGAGCUGAAGAAGAGGAAGCUGCUGUCUGAAGUGACGGUGAAGUCGUACUGGAUCACUAAGGGCAGCUCCUUCAGCACCACCAUCACCAAACAGGAGACGGAGCUCACUCCUGAGAUGAUCGCCAAUGGCAGCUGGAAAGAGAAGAAGUUCAAGCCCUAUAACUUUGAGGCGAUGGGCGUGGCGCCGGACUGUGGCCACCUUCACCCGCUGCUGAAGGUGCGGACACAGUUCAGGCAGAUCUUCCUGGAGAUGGGCUUCACAGAGAUGCCGACCAACAACUUCAUCGAGAGCUCCUUCUGGAACUUCGACUCCCUGUUCCAGCCGCAGCAGCACCCGGCCAGAGACGCACAUGACACCUUCUUCCUGUCUGACCCAGCUCUCGCCCAUGAGUUCCCACAGGACUAUCUGGAGAGAGUGAAGAAGGUCCACUCAGAGGGAGGCUACGGCUCCCAAGGGUACAAAUAUGACUGGAAGAUAGAGGAGGCUCGGAAGAACAUCCUCCGCACUCACACUACAGCCGUCAGCGCACGCAUGUUGUAUAAACUCGCACAACAGAAGAAGUUCACCCCCGUCAAGUAUUUCUCCAUCGACCGGGUGUUCAGGAACGAGACGUUGGACGCCACCCAUCUGGCCGAGUUCCACCAGAUAGAGGGGGUGGUAGCCGACUACGGCCUCACACUGGGAGACUUGAUGGGAGUCCUGCAUCAGUUCUUCACUAAACUAGGAAUCACCAAACUACGCUUCAAGCCUGCCUACAACCCGUACACAGAGCCCAGCAUGGAAGUGUUCAGCUACCACGAAGGACUACAAAAGUGGGUGGAAGUGGGGAACUCGGGCGUCUUCAGACCAGAGAUGCUGCUGCCGAUGGGGCUCCCUGAGGACGUGUCUGUAAUCGCCUGGGGACUUUCUCUGGAGAGGCCCACCAUGAUUAAGUACGGCAUCAACAACAUCAGAGAGCUGGUGGGACACAAGGUGAACCUACAGAUGGUCUACGACAGCCCCGUAUGUCGACUUGAGUCCUGAGGUCCCUCCAACAUUUUUAUGAAUGGACCCAUCUUACCUUCCCCUGGGAUACCUCUUUUCUACGUCUCACUCUAGUUAUUCUCUCCAGUCUGAGCUUGGCCAGUAAAACCAGUUGGUCUGAAGCAGCAGACAGAUUUUCUUCUUCAGAGGGCCGUAACACAGGAGGACGUCAUACUCCGCUGCCGAACAAAACAUCAGCACGAGUCUCGACUUUGUUACAUACUAAGAACAGAUUUCUUCUUUACAUCACCCUGCCCCAGUUACUACAGCAGAUGACCCACCUGUACAGGGAAAAUACGACUUUUGGAUUGUGACAAAUGUUCAAUAAAAAGUUUUUUCCAAAUAUCA